CUGCAUCUGUGCGGAUGAGUGGAUACGAUGAGUGAUCUUUGGUCGUUGUUCGCCGUUUUUUGCCUUUUUAUAGGCGGGCUGAACGGCUCUCAGAGACGUAAAUCAAGGUCCCUUUGUCAUCUUAACAGUGCGGAGUCUUUUUACGACUUCACUGCGAAAGAUCUGUAUGGGAAAAAUGUCUCUAUGAGCGAAUUUCACGGACAUGUUGUGCUGGCUGUGAAUGUCGCUACCUUUUGAGGUUACACUUUACAAUAUUAUCAACUGAAUGCAUUACAAAAAAAACUCUGGAGAUCAGAAGAUGGAAUCCCAAAUGCAUGUGGACUUCGAAUUGUUGGUUUUCCAUGUAACCAGUUUGGUUUCCAAGAGCCGGCCGAAAAUUCGUACGAGCUCAUGAACGGAUUGAAAUAUGUUCGGCCAGGACACGGUUUCGUUCCCAAUUUCCCAUUGUUCGAGAAACGAGACGUGAAUGGCAAGAAAGAAGACAAAAUUUAUAGUUUUUUUAAGUCCCGUUGUCCCGCCCCAGACGGGUUCAUAGAUGACCUGAGUAACAUCCGCUGGUCACCUGUUCGGAACAAUGACAUCAACUGGAAUUUUGAAAAGAUAUUAAUAGAUCACGAUGGCCAGCCAUUUGCCCGGUACACUGCGCCUUAUGAACCAAACGCCAUGUUCGAUGAUAUCCAAACGUUGAUGUUAACUUGCCAAGAACAGAGAAGACGCAUAUCAUCCGUAAAAGAAAACAGACCAAGACAAAAGAAACUUGUUUGGGUUACUUGUUGAACCUGUCUUUUUUAAUAUUUAUUUUUCACGAAAUCUCCAUUUUCAUAUUACAUUCAUUCACACAUGCAAAAGUCACAUUCAUUGUAAUUUUUAUGUUGGGGAAAAUUGCCGUUCCAUACAUUGAGCUAGCCCCUCACAAUUUAUGAUCACAUGUUACGAAGGCCACCAUGUUAAAUGGAAAAACUCACGCCUUCUUUAAGAUGUCGUGCGGUGUGUUGUUUUUUUCUCUUGUAGCACAGAACUAAUAUGAUUUACCGCUAAGGACCUAUAAUGGCUCGUUUAAUUUUUGAACAGAAGAUACGUAUUUCCAAAUAAAUUGUUUAGUUGUUUCAUAAUGAAGAGAAAGAAAACAGGUUCAACGAGUAAACAAGAAAUUGAUAUAGAAUCUAGAGAAUAAUAGAACAUAGAAUCUAAGUUACAAACUCUAUUCAAGAAAUAUUAUUAGUUUAAAGUAUAAAUGAAGCGAAGUAGCACGUAAAAUGCUGUUUUAGAAAUUAUCAAGUUAUUGUAGACGUGGCUCAUGUUAAUGACAGACUGUUUGAAAACUGUUUGGUCAGUGAAGCAGUCCCGAGUAAGAUUCUUUUCUCUGUGCAGUCUUAAAUGCAUUCAGCUGUUACAGUGUAAAGAACCCUAUGAGCUUCUGCAAAGCAUGAACUUUUAAAACCGUGCAAUAAAUGAUUUGAAAUAACAGUAUCAUGUAAUGAAUUAAUUGACCAUUUAAAACUUGAA